AUGUUUCCUUACAGACUUGGGCAAAUAUUCGCGGCUAGAUACUAGUACGCCUGUUAGAAAUGUGAUGCUACAUCACUAGGAUUGUAGUAAAUCAGCUCAUUUUAAUCCCACAAAACGUGUGAUAAGAAAAUGUUUUGAGGCUAUGGAAGAUUCUACAUUCUCAAUGCCAAGAAUUCUGCUACAAAGAGCUGAAGAAAUAUUCCCUGCUGUGAGAGAAAGGAUGAACUGUACAAAUUCAGAGAACAUUUUAGUGGAUCCAUGUGGUGAGACAUACUCAGCAAGUCAUGAUGCAAGCCAGGCCAUGAAUAUAAAAGCUGAGGAAGUCUCAGACUCUCAAGCGGAUCCUGUGCAAAUAACAUUUCAGGAGAUAAAGGCUGAACCUGAGGACUGUACAACUUUGGAGAACACUUUAGUGGGUCCAUAUGGUGAGACAUACCCAACACCUCAUGAUGCAAAUCAGGCCAUGAAUGUAAAAGCUGUGGCAGUAUCAGAUGCAGAAGAGGAAGGGGAUCCUGUGCCAAUAACAUUUCCAAAAGUGAACGCUGAACCUGAGGGUAAUUUGAAUGAACUUCAGCCUGUACAUGGUGAGGAGCAACAGUAUUCCUGUGAUGAGUGUAGUGAAUCAUUCAGUCAGCAGGUAAUUCUGAGAGCACAUCAGCGCACACAUACUGGGGAGCGGCCGUUUUGCUGUGGCAUAUGUAAUAAAUCAUUCAGUUCGUGGAGCCAUCUGAAGACACAUCAGCGCAUACAUAGUGGGGAGAAGCCAUUUAUAUGUGACGUAUGUAACAAGUCAUUCAUUUCAAAGGGUGGUCUGAUGAAGCAUAUGUACAUACAUACUGGGAAGCCGCCAGUUUGCUGUGAUGUAUGUAAUAAGUCAUUCAGUCAGCAGAGUAGUCUGAAGAGACAUCAGCACAUACAUAGUGGGGAGAAGCAAUUUUGCUGUGAUGUGUGUAAUAUGACUUUCAGUAGUCAGAGUAGUCUAAAGAGACAUCAGCGCAUACAUAGGAAGUCACCUCCUGGUUCUGACAGCAGCCCAAAGAAUUUUAUGCUGCUAGAUCAUUGA